AUGCUGGGUUGUUUCCUCUGUGCCAUUGCGCUCGCCGCCCAGCUGAUCAGCGCCGAACCGUCCGACGUCUGUGACGUCUGUCAUUGUUCCUACAGCCAUAUUGAUAAUUGUGACACGAGCAUCGCCGAGUUCCCGAUCAACAUCCCAACAUCCACGACCUACUUCGAAAUGUUGAGCUGUGAACAAGUGACAGAAAUCGAGCCUUUUGCUUUCGACGGCCUUGUUGCACUGAGCAAAAUCUCCUUGGCAUCGGCCAAGAUAACCAGCAUUCCUCCAGGAUUGUUCCGUCAAUGCACAAGUCUUUCAGACAUAAACAUCGGCGGACCCAUGACAACCCUCCCGGCGGGCCUGUUCAAAGGGCUUAUCAACCUUCCCGCGAGCAAUUUUGCGAUCGGAAGCGGCAACUUUACUUUUGGUGGCAAUACCCUUGCCCCGCCUAGCACCUAUGGCUCUGCCAGCUCGUUCUUGCGAAACUGUCUCUACUGCAGCAACUCGAUCGCUUGCACCACUUGCUAUGAUGGAUUCGAGCUGACAGGUGCAGGUGCAUGCGCUUUGCCUGGUCAGGACAGCUCUUCCUCUUCGACAGCCAUUAUUGCGGGCGCUGCAGGUGGUUGUGCAGCCUUGCUGUUGCUUCUGGUUGUGCUGGUGCUGGUCGCGCGACGCCAGCGACGCGCCAAGCGUUUAGAAGCUCCGUAUGCGUCGGCAGGCUCGAUUACGUACAUGAAUCCCUUGGAAUUGGCGCCACAAAAAGAACGCCCGUCUGAGCAGUAUGCAAGCAUCGACAACCACGAUGACCCGCACCGUACUUACGAAGAAAUUUCAACUCGAGCCCCGCUAUCCUACGACGACGUAAAGUCCAGCGCCCAGCCUCAGAGCGCCCAACCCUUGGAGGGUACGUAUGCUGAGACCGACCCUUUGACGUCCAGCUUCUUCAGAACUACUGUUGACAAGUCGCACACGAACUACGCAAACGUGACUGGCAUUCUCUCGGCCGACCACGUAGAGCAACUGUGA